AGCCCGGUGCGCCUCAUAUCCUUUCUUGUGCAAACCCUCGUUGAUUUUUACGGCGGAUGCACGCUGGGAUCAGGGAUCAGACUUAACUGAUGGCGCAUGGAAACUUCGCCUCCAAGCGUGUGUGUGAGUGCACGAUCCUGUGUGGUCUGCCAGGCGCUAAUAGAGUGACCCCCAGCACGCUGUUAAAGGGAAGACAAGAGAGCUGAGUCAACGAAUCAAAAGGAGAAGGAUGCAACAGUUGAUGUGCGCAGCUUGCACCGUGCACAGUCCUCUUGUAUUUGGAGACGGCCUGCUGUCGAGGCACACGCGGAGGAUGGUGGCUUUCAUCUCUGCAAAGGAGGUAUCGGAUGUUUUGUCGUUUUAAAAAAAAUCCUGCAUUAAUCCAGUCUCUCAGAUAAAGUAAACAAAAAUAGGAGUAAGUACAGCUGCCCCUGUGAUAGUCAGCGGCUGGUUAGUUGUAGCCUGUCCACUUGCGCGUCUUUACCAAAAUGGACUUUUGGACAGAAAUGCAUUUGGUGGGACUUUACGCCGUGCUGGAAUGGAGUUGAAGUUGGAAUUUCGGACGGUCUGCCACGGUAAAUAGCAGUGCAGUCUGCAGCAACAUGCAUCGGAUUCUGCAGAGGAGACGAGUGCGCAAGCUGCGGGUCGUCUGGGCUUUUCUGGCCCUGGUGGCUCUUUCCCUGGCCGCAUGCAGCGCGCUAUUUACGGCGUGGACUUGGCGACAGACGCGGGACCUGUCCCAGUCCUUUAAGAUCCUGCAGGACCGCCUGGAGCAGGUGAAUACACAGAGGAAAGCCAUUGUUCAGCUCAUUUUGGAGAAGAGAGAGCUGCUGGUGGGGCAGAGGGUGAAAAGAGAUGGGGGGACGGUGCGAGGGAGGAAUGGAAAUGGAAGGAAAAUGGCGUCUCAUUUUGAUAUAACCAAAGUCUCCUCUCAGCAAGUGGGAGAGGGCGGUGUGAUAAAGGGCUGGGAAGAAGUGACGUUGAAUAUGAGUAAAGCGGUGAGGUACAACAAGGAGCAAGGCACCUUCACCGUGGAGAGAGCGGGCGUCUACUUCCUCUACUGCCAGGUGUUGUUCAGCGAGCAGCAGUCCCAGUAUGUGAAGCUGGAUGUGGUGGCCCAUUGCGGGCAGAAGAUUCAGAAGCUGCAGUGCAUGGAGGGCUACGGGACAACCCCCGCGGCGGGGCCUCACCCCUUCCAUUUCCUCAAGCCCUGCCAGGUGUCCGGCCUCCUGCGGCUGGACAAAGGCACGGAGCUGCAGGCCAUAACGGGCCCCUCCUUCAGACUCCACGCCCUGGGCACCUCCUCCGCCUCGCCACACGUCUUCAGCAUCUUUAAAGUGAACUGAAACUCCACUGAGAGUCGGCUGCAUGAGUCGGGCGUCCUCUGAUCCCAUCUGAUCUUGUAGUGGUUGGAACCUUGGAGGAUGUUUAGAGCGCACGCCAGCUCAGAGCUGACUUGUUUUUUUUUGUAGCAAUGACCCGUUUCUUUUUCUAUAUUGUUGCCAUAAAUGCGAUACAGCAGUCAUUAUAUGCUGUCUGGGCAUCUCAUCGCGUGGCAGCCUCCGCCUGAAGACAGCAAAGACGUAGAUUUUUUUGUAGACAACUCUUAGUUUUGUUGAAGUUGUAAGUGGAAUGUGCUCUGGAUCAGCAGUGCUGCUUUGGAAUGCAACACAGACUUUGGAGUAAAACCAAGACCCGUAGUGGACCUUGAUGAAUGUCAGCCAAGCGAACAGAUGUGAGGGAAGCUGGUCUCUAGACAAGGCCGUCGUUUAUGAAAACAUACUUGGAUGUUCAAUUUAACCUUCGUAUCAUUUUAUAAAUUGUGCUUACACUCGCUUUAUAAGAAUAACUACGACUGACUAAAGCUGUGCAUGCACCUUCCACUUUCAUUUCACCAGUGCCUCGGGAGUUUGAGAGCACGUCAACAAGCAUCAGAUCACUAUAAGCAGCCUAGAUGAAUUGUCAUCCAUUUCAUGAUUAUUACAAUGCAGCAUACUAUUUGUGUGAAAUACCGAUCAAUGAAUCUAAUUCUCUUUGGUUAUAGAUUUUUAUAACUUUACCAUACAGUGUGCUAUGUGUGUGAAAUGCGGCAGUCCUUUUUCACAAUAUACUGUGUAUAUACAUAUUUUAGACAUGCACACAUCAGGACUCAGGAGCUGGCACAGAGAUGAGAACGUUUGCAUGUCGGCUCGAGGUUUUGAACAACAACCCGGAUGUGAAUUUCUACUCAUUUCUUAGAUCACAUUUGAUCAUAAGACCUUUCUAUGAACAAGGCCUCACAUGUUUAAACUACUUGGCUUUACUUUUGAAAAGUAGAUGUAAGUAAUGCAAGUUGAGCAUGCAGCUUUAAAACUAGUGCCUCCUUUUCUACUACCUUUUCUACCUUUGAUAGCUUUUCUGGCAACACAGUAACUACCGUUUCAAAGCCAUGUAUAAAUUAGGAGAUAUUCAUAUUAGGAGAUAUUCAUAGAUGAGUACCAGGGAGGUUUUUCCACACAUC